UCAUCCUCGCACGCCACUUUCUCUUUCUAAAAACGCAUGUGCUCUUCUGCUUCCUCCUUCCGCCAUUUCCACUCCCAGACAAGGAACCGAUAAACCCCUGUAAAACCCUCUUAUUUACAGCCGCCAAUUAACCCCUCAUUUUUUUUCUUUUUAUUUUUUCUUCAAAGUUAUCAAGACGGCAGCUUUUCGAGGCAUUGUCACUCACAGAGCUAGCAACAAGCUAGGCAGAGCUAUACCUAAAAUGGGCUUCUCUGCGCCCACCGCCCCCUUCCGCCCCUCUUCCCUUUGCCCGCCCUAUUUCUGGUUUUGCCGCUCUUGCGUUCACUUCUACUCCGUUUCUUCUUCCACCAGAGUUUUCUGCAGGCUGGAAGAUAAAGCAAGCCAAAGUUCUCAGAGGGGGAUCCCUAAUGGAGCUAUCAGUGCUGAUGUGCUCGAAUUAAACCAAAAGUCGAGCUACAGCACGUUUCAGCACAACGAUAAUCAAAUGCAUUAUCAAGAUAGGAGUGAUUUUGCAUAUAGGUGGAAAAAUUCCUCUUUAUAUAGAGGGGCGGAAGCAAUAGAGGAAGACGGUCAAGGAAUUUUGGAAGUAUUAAAUACUGCACAAGCUGCCAACGACUGGGGACAUACCAUUGAAGACUGGGGUAAAGCUACCGAAGAAUGUAGGAAGAACAAGAGACUAUUUGCUCAUGGGAACAACACAUCUGCAAAGCUUAAAACAAAUGCAGGAGAUAAUAGGAGAAAAACAAUAUAUGAAGGAGAAGGGAGAGCAUUAAGCAGGAAGGAGACACAAUAUACUGGAAAUGGCAGGCAACAUGUGCAUCAUAUUUCCCAUAACCAGAUAUCUCUAGGUCAUGUUGGAUCUCGUGUAGUUUCUUACCCAAAUCAUGACAAAAAGAUAGUUUCGGAGGGCCAUGUAAUGACAAUAGAGGCUCAUCCAAGUUCCUUGGGAAAUAAGAGAGUUAAAGGUCCCAAACCUGACAAGGAUGAAGUAUUCAAUAUUAAAGAAACUGCUUCUACUGAUAAUGAAGUUGUUCCAAAUGAUGACGUUGGUGAACCUUUCAGUGAGAAAAUUACUCAUCCUGAGUACUCAGAACUUCAUGAGAGACUUAGCCAAGUCUAUGAAAAGGUUCUUGUUGUUGAUAGCAUACAUGCAGCUAGGGAAGUAGUCCAUCUACUCACUACUCAAUACAAGGAUCUUGUUCACGCAUGUGAUACAGAGGUAGCAAAUAUUGAUGUUAAAGAAGAAACACCCGUAGAUCAUGGUGAAGUGAUAUGUUUCAGUAUAUACUCUGGCCCAGAAGCUGAUUUUGGUAAUGGAAAGUCCUGUAUUUGGGUAGAUGUCCUUGAUGGAGGUGGCGAGGGUCUUAUCAAAGAAUUUGCACCAUUUUUUGAAGAUCCGUCCAUUAAAAAAGUGUGGCACAACUACAGCUUUGAUAGUCAUAUAAUAGAGAAUUAUGGGCUUAAACUUUCUGGUUUCUAUGCUGAUACAAUGCACAUGGCUCGAUUGUGGAACUCCUCUCGAAGAACUGAAGGAGGGUACUCUUUGGAAGCACUCACAAGAGAUCCAGUUGUCAUGUCUGAUGCUAAGAAAGGCCCUGGAGAAAAAGUUCUUGGGAAGGUGUCAAUGAAGAAUAUUUUUGGUCGGAAAAAACUUAAGAAAGAUGGAUCUGAGGGUAAAAUAAUUGUCAUUCCUCCUGUUGAAGAGUUACAACGAGAUGAGAGAAAAUUAUGGAUUUGUUAUUCUGCUCUGGAUUCGAUAAGCACAUUGAGCCUGUAUGAAAGCCUGGAGAAGAAAUUGUUGAAAACUCCUUGGUCUGUUGAUGGACAAUACCAAGGGUCAAUGUUUGACAACUACUGUAAAUAUUUACGUCCGUUUGGGGAGCUCCUUGUUAAAAUGGAGAGAGAGGGAAUGCUGGUCGAUCGUUCUUAUCUUGCUGAAAUUGAGAAGGUUGCUAAAGUAGAGCAGCAGAUAGCUGCUGAUAGAUUUCGCAAGUGGGCCUCUAAACUUUGCCCUGAUGCAAAAGACAUGAAUGUGGGAAGUGAUGCACAGUUGCGUCAGUUAUUCUUUGGUGGUAUGCAGAACAGAAAGGAUCCAAAUGAAUUCCUUCCAGUGAAGAAAGAAUUUAAAGUUCCCAACGUGGAUAAUAUAAUUGAAGAGGGCAAAAAGAAAGCCACAAAAUUUCGUAAAAUCGUAUUGAGUAAGCCUGAAGGUGUGAACAUGGUAGCUGAUAAGUUCACUCCAAGUGGGUGGCCUUCUGUUAGUGGGGAUGCUUUGAAGACUCUUGCUGGCAAGGUCUCUGCAGACUUUGAUUUCUUGGAUGAAGAGGAUGAAGAAGAACUUCCCGAAGAAGAGAACCAAAUCUCCUCGAUGGACAAUGGAGCGCCCCAAAGUGUAGACAGAGAUAUAUCUGCUUAUGGAACUGCUUACUCUGCAUUUGGUGGCGGACAGGCGGGAAUUGAAGCUUGUCAUGCAAUAGCUGCUCUAUGUGAAGUUUGCUCAAUUGAUUCUUUGAUAUCCAACUUUAUUCUCCCAUUGCAGGGAAAUCACAUUUCAGGAAAGGAUGGGAGAAUCCACUGUUCUUUAAAUAUCAACACAGAAACUGGCCGACUGUCUGCUCGGCGACCUAAUCUGCAGAACCAACCCGCGUUGGAGAAGGAUCGUUACAAGAUCCGUCAGGCAUUUAUAGCAGCACCUGGAAACUCUCUAAUAGUUGCUGAUUACGGACAGUUAGAGCUUAGGAUUCUAGCUCAUCUGGCCAACUGUAAGAGCAUGCUUGAAGCUUUUAAAGCUGGUGGAGACUUCCACUCGAGGACUGCAAUGAACAUGUAUCCACACAUUCGUAAAGCUGUUGAGAAUAAGGAUGUGCUUCUUGAGUGGCAUCCUCAGCCUGGUGAAGAUAAGCCUCCAGUCCCGUUGCUAAAGGAUGCUUUUGGUUCGGAAAGAAGGAAAGCGAAGAUGCUUAACUUUUCCAUUGCAUAUGGAAAAACAACUGUUGGACUUGCUCGGGACUGGAAGGUUUCUCGUGAGGAAGCUCAGGAAACAGUUAAUCUCUGGUACAGUGAUAGACAAGAAGUGCUACACUGGCAGACACUACGCAAGAAACAAGCACAUAACUAUCACUGCGUUAAUACCUUGCUAGGGCGGGCCCGCCACUUCCCGUCUUUAAAGAAUGCCAGCUCAGCACAUAAAGCUCACAUUGAACGUGCUGCUAUCAAUACCCCUGUGCAGGGAAGUGCUGCAGAUGUCGCAAUGUGUGCCAUGUUGCAAAUAUCAAGAAACAAACGUUUGAAGGAGCUAGGAUGGAGACUUCUGUUACAGGUUCAUGACGAAGUAAUCCUAGAAGGGCCGACUGAAUCUUCUGAGGAGGCCAAGGCUAUUGUUGUAGAUUGUAUGUCAAAUCCUUUUGAUGGGAAAAACAUUCUUAGAGUUGGUUUGUCUGUUGAUGCCAAAUGUGCUCAGAGUUGGUAUGCUGCCAAGUAGAUGACGGCAUGCAUUGGUACGAUUUCCGGCUCAAAAUUUUCUCUUGUUCUUGGUUCUUGGUCACCUAUAAAAUAUGGUGCCAGUAUGAUCCUUUCUGUAAUCUAGUAGGGAUAUAAUUCUGUAUAUAAUUUGGCUUCUUGUUUUUUUUUUUUUUUUUUUUUUUUUUUUUUUUUUUUUCUUUCUGGGUUCACACUACUAACCUUCUUAAUGCAGAAUUCCAUGUUCUAGGUUUCAAUUCCA